UGGACACCGGCGGGAUGAAGUCGACCAAAAUGUACGGUUUAAAGGAUCUGUAGGUAUUUCCUCUUCGUUGGUUCUUCUUUGUCCCCUCCAAGAACAGCUGUCUAAGGUGCUCCGAAUUUCUAACAAUUACAUGAGCCUAUGAGCUUGACCAGUCGUUGUUCUGAUGCAUUAUCGAAAUGCGGAACACCUGAUCCGUCUCUCUUCAUCUCAACCCUCUUGAAAGCUUGCAGAACAAUCCGAAACCUCGAACAAGUUCACGCACAGAUUAUCCAGAAGGGAACUGAACAAGAUAACUUCCUAAUUUCCCAGUUCGUUUGUCGCUGCAACUCAUUUUCCAACGUAGGUUACGGUAUAAGUGUUUUCAAUCGCGUUUGUAAACCAAAUAUCUAUCUAUGGAACUCUAUCAUUAAAGGGUAUUGCGAUAAUUCUUCUGUGAGUGAAACCAUUUCUAUUUUCAAUCGUAUGAAGUUGUCUGAAGUGGUUCCCGAUAAAUUCACUUUUCCUUCUUUAAUUAAAGCGUUCUCUAGUGUGUCUGCGAUAAGGGAAGGCAGGGUACUUCACGGCUCAAUAGUGAGAUACGGAGCAGAGACGGAUAUUUUUGUUAGUACCGGUUUGAUUGAUUUCUAUGGGAAGUGUCAUGAGAUUGAUUGUGCUCGGAAGAUCUUUGCUGGGAUGUCUCGCAGGAAUGAGUUUUCUUGGACAGCUAUGAUUGUUGGGUACUUAGCUUUGGGGAAUUUGGCGUCAGCGGUAAAGCUUUUCAAUGAAAUGCCAUGCCGGAAUCCUGCAUCCUGGAAUGCGAUGAUUAGCGGGUAUGUGAAGUCUGGUGAUCUGACGACUGCACGGAAGCUGUUUGAUCAAAUGCCAGAGAGGAAUGUGGUUUCCUUCACAUCAUUAAUAUGUGGGUAUGCCAAGGCAGGUGACAUGGCAUCAGCACGUUUUCUUUUUGAUCAAUCUCCAGUUAGAGAUAUUGUGUCUUGGUCGGCCCUGAUAUCGGGCUAUGCCCAGAAUGGUCAACCCAAUGAGGCUGUGAAGAUCUUCCUUGAGAUGCAUUCCAAAAACGUUAGACCUGAUGAAUUUGUAAUGGUGAGCUUAAUGUCCGCAUGUUCCCAACUUGGUAAUUUGGAGCUAGCCAAAUGGGUUGAUUCUUUUGUGGUCCAGAACUCAAUGGAUCUUUGUCGAGCUCAUGUUACUGCGGCUCUCAUUGACAUGAACGCUAAAUGUGGGAAUCUAAAAAGGGCUUUUUGUUUGUUUGAGGAGAUGCCAAAACGAGACCUGUUCUCAUAUUGUUCAAUGAUUCAGGGCCUGUCAAUUCAUGGACUUGGGGGCCAGGGUGUCAGGCUCUUUACUCAAAUGCUUGAUGAAGGCCUGACUCCUGAUGAUGUAGCCUUCACGGUUGUCCUUAAUGCUUGCAGCCAUGCAGGCCUUGUUGAGGAGGGUUGCUUGUACUUUAAUUCCAUGAAGAAUGACUACUCCAUAAUUCCUUCUCCAGAUCAUUAUGCCUGUAUGGUUGAUCUUCUUGGAAGAGCUGGGAAGUUAAAAGCAGCCUAUGAACUCAUAAAAUCAAUGCCUGUGGAGCCACAUGCUGGUGCCUGGGGUGCAUUGCUUGGUGCAUGUAGGAUACACUGUGAUAUUGAGCUUGGGGAGGUGGUUGCUAGUCGGAUUUUUGAGCUUGAGCCUCACAGUGCAGGUAGUUAUGUGUUAUUGUCAAACAUUUAUGCUGCUGCGGAUAGGUGGUUGGAUGUUUCUAAUGUGAGGAACAUGAUGCGAGAGAAGGGGAUCAAAAAGAUACCUGGUGUCAGUUGGAUUUAGUAUUCGGUGUUGUGUUAUGAAGAGUAAUAAAAUGUCAUCCAGACACCUUUGGACAUUGGGUUUUGAUUCAGGUCAUUGUUAGCCUGGUGAAUAUUUUGCUCGCAGGCUUUGCAAAGAUCAUCACCUUCUUAGGACAGUAGCUCAUUGUCACUCUCUUAGUGAUUGGCUAAUGAUGGAUGGCUGAGCGAAUCAUCUGGAUAGUUGAUUUGGGGGUUCAUCACGUAAGGUAUUCCAUACACUUUCGCAACUUAUGCACACUCGAAAUAUGGAGAUGGUUAUGGGAAUCGUGUAUCUUUUCUCUAUCUUUACUUU